CGACGACCCCAUCCUCGUCGUUCACUCUCUUUGCGUGUCAGAAGUCUCAUAUUUCCUUUCGACUGUUACAGAUACAAUAGGGCUUGGACUGACCACGAAAAGCCCCGAUUUGACACGCGAAGUCGGCCCCAACCGCCGCUAUGUCUAUUGUCGACAUUCAUACCCAUGUCUACCCUCCAAAGUACAUGGAGCUGUUGCGGUCACGUUCGACCGUUCCAUACGUUCGCACAUUCCCUGAUGCACCUGACUCUGCGCGCCUCAUCAUUCUACCUGGCGAAGAUGACCCAUCAACGCCAUCGACCUCACGCGGUCGUCCAAUAGGUACUGAAUACUACGACAUCAGAGAGAAGAUAGCAUUUAUGGACCUCCACAAGAUCGACAAAUCCGUGAUCUCGUUAGCCAACCCCUGGCUGGACUUCUUACCUGCUGAAGAAGCGGGCGAAGCAGCACAGAAGAUCAACGACGAUGUGAACGAUCAAUGCUCGCAAUACCCCGGACGACUGUACUUCUUCGGUACGCUACCACUUUCUGCAUCACCUGAUGUUAUAACCGCCGAAAUCGAACGGUUAGACACAUUAAAAUACGCAAGGGGUGUGAUAAUGGGCACGUCCGGGCUUGGACAGGGGCUUGACGAUACGAACCUGGACCCAGUAUACGCAGCACUGGAGAAGCAUCAGCAACUCAUAUUCUUACACCCUCACUAUGGCCUUCCAUCUUCCGUAUAUGGACCGCGCGCAAGCGAGUACGGGCACGUGCUCCCCUUAGCACUAGGCUUCCCGUUGGAGACGACUAUUGCGGUAACCAGAAUGCUGCUUAGUGGUGUAUGGGACAAAUUCACGAAACUCAACGUGUUGCUGGCACAUUCAGGUGGUACACUACCCUUCCUGGCUGGUCGUAUUGAGUCCUGUAUAUUACAUGAUGGACAUCUGAAGAAACUUGGCAAGACGGAGAAGCGUAGGGAUGUGUGGGAUAUCUUGAAAACGAAUAUCUAUCUCGAUGCAGUCAUCUACUCUGAGGUUGGACUGAAGGCUGCUCUCGAAGCCUCAGGGUCUGAUCGGUUGUUGUUCGGUACGGAUCAUCCAUUCUUUCCACCGCUAGAGGAAGAUGCCAGUGAAUGGCACAGUGUCACAGCGAACUACGGGGCUAUCGCGAAAGCGCUUGCUGGGGAUGAGAAGAAGGCACAUGGUGUACUUGGCGGAAAUGCGACCCGGAUAUUACGGCUUGACUAGACGUGAAGAAACCCUAGCCGUAUUCAUCUUACAUCUUUAACUUUUGUGGAUCAUGUUACAUGCCCCAGUACAAAGGGUACUACCAAGUACUUCGAUGGACUGUAUGUGCAAGAGCCUAGAGGUAUCUGGGCCUCAAUGAAAUUGGUUUGGCUUCGUGCGAAAGGGUACGGUAGUCUGCUCAAAGUAAAAAUCCACUAUGACCUAGCUAGCUAUUUGAGCCUUAUCUAGACGGCCUCGCUGCAACGUCACGUAAGGGUUAAGCUUGAUUCCCACGAAGGUUGCAUUGACCGGGGUAUGAGCAUGCGGGGCGGAAUAAAUACGGCUGGUGACAUCCUUGCUAGACAACCAUAACUUAUGAACGAGUA